GUCCAUAGGCCUGGCUGCACCACACUUCACUGCGUUCAGUGAAGGGCGCAAGGUUGCUUAUCAGGUAUUCAAAGCCAUUGAUGCGGAGCCAGCAAUCCACAGUGAUGCUGAUGGAAGAAUGAUACUUCGUCUUCGUGGAGAGGUUGAGUUCAGAAGAGUGAAAUUUGCAUUCCCGCAUAUCCUGAGUCAGCCACUGUUUUCUGGUCUUAGCCUACUCCUUCCUGCAGGGAAAACCGUAGCAUUGGUUGGUCCCUCUGGCUCAGGAAAGAGCACACUGCUGGCGCUGCUACUCCGUUUCUACGAUCCCCAAGAUGGCAUGGUGCUGAUCGACCAUCACAAUAUCAGACGACUACAGUUGAAGUGGUUGCGAAGGCAAAUCGGGAUUGUGGGUGAUGAUCCUGCUAUCUUCAGUGCAACCAUUAGGGAGAACAUUAUGUAUGGCAAGGAAGGGGCGAAUUUACAGGAGGUGGAGAUGGCUGCUAGGCUUGCCAAUGCAAACGACUUCAUCGUGUCCCUCCCAGACAAGUAUGAAACACAGGUUGGCGAUUGUGGUCAGCCGUUAACGGCUGGUCAGCGGCAGCGAAUUGCAAUUGCACGCACUUUAAUUCGCAAUCCCUCAAUUUUGCUUUUGGAUGAACCAACUCUGGGCGUAGACCCCGUCUCGGAGCGAAUGGUGUUGAAAGCUGUUGAUAACAGCAUUGCUGGUCGUACAGCAAUCGUUGUGACUAACCGGUUGUGGACUAUACGCAACGCAGACUUGAUUGUCGUGCUGCAUGAUGGGCAACUUGUGGAGGCAGGUCAGCAUGAUGAACUGAUGUCAAGAGGACCGGUAGGCUUCUAUGCCAGAAUGGUUAUGGAGCAAGAACAAACCUCAAGUCAAGGACGGAGGAAACACAGGGGUGGGGGUGACAGCAGUCGUUCAUUAUCGAGCAGGCUGAGGGGUCCCAGCAGAAACGACACCACGGAUUCUCGAGGGCCGGGAUCAGAAAAGCUAAAACAGGGGCCAGAUGUUGGGCAUCAGCGACAGUCGUCGGACUUUUUUUCACUCGUUCGAACAUUUGCUUUCAGCAUAUCAGGCCUCAGUGACCACAGCCUGGACUACACCUGCUCUGUGGACUUCAGUAUUGGUGAAGAGAAAAAAAGGCUCAUCCGACGACCUCCGACAGACAUGAAUGGCUGGAUUCAGUCUUUGGCGUAUGCGGUGUCUGGAUUGAAUGCCAAGAGCGAUAGUAAAGAGAGCUGCAAGUCUUCUGCCACACAGGAGCCUAAGGUUGAGAAAAUGCUCGGGAAAGUGGAUGAUAAGGGGAGGGUUGAAAAGCCCAUGGUGUCCCACAUGUUCAAUGACCUGAGGGAUGACUUUUGCUGCCCAGGACCUUGGCCGUAUAUUAAGUGGCUGCUGUUUGUCAGAACUCCUGACAAAGGCUUUGGAUUCCUAGGGGUAGUUGGAGCCACAGCUUCUGGGGCUGUUUUCCCCCUAUGGGGCUUGCUUUUGUCAAGGAUUGUUGAAGCAUACUUUGCUGAUUAUCAUGCGGUGACAACUGAGACAAGAGUUUGUUCUUUAGGAUUAAUUGGACUUGGCAUUGGUUGCUUGAUAGCAUACAGUUUGCAGCACUGGAGCCUGGCUAUCAUUGGAGAGCGCCUCAUCAAGUCUAUCAGAGAAACGUUGUUUAUGUCGAUUCUGAAGCAAAAGUCACCGUAAGGGCACGGGUUGUGUCCCUUUCCCGUGCAGUGGGUAUAGUUACAGACCACCUAAGGUUGGCCACACCUGGCGGCUGCCCCCAUGCGCACUCAGCUCUUGUUCCAUGUUCUUUGAGAUAAUCAUUCUAUGCUGGUUCAUGCAUGUGUCAAUUUCUUGGUGACAUCUCUUUAUGUAGGCAUUGUUGGCCUAUCGGUGCAGCUCCUGGCAUUGCUGCUAUGGGCACACUCAUUGGGAGAUGCAGUUUCACAUUCAAACCGAGCUCCCUCUUUGAAAAUGUUGCUGGCGGUGAACAGCAGACAAAAAGGGCAAUGGCAGGAUCCCAACAUGAGCCGUUGGGCCUGAAGUCCUUUCACUUUGUGCACUCACAUCCAUUUCUUUGCGUUGGAAAACUGAAAAAUAAAUAAAUAGAUGUUUCAUAACUCGUCAACAAUGAAUCUGCAAUUUUAAG